AAACAAAAUCAAUACCACAAUGCGAGGAACAACACAUUCAAUUCAAUUAAAUCAAACAACAAGACUAGGGCAGAUAAACGGACAGUUUUACCGCCGUGUCGAAGACGACGACCUACCGAUGGGGAUAUUUUCCCACGAAAACGAGYGGAAAUGCCCUGUGGAAGAAAAGGAAUUAUUGACGCAGAUAAAAGAUUUCGUCGAGACGACAAUUAUUAUAAAGAAAGAAACUGAAGGACUUGGUGUCCAGAUCGUCGGUGGAGCAGACACAUACUUGAAAGGUGUCAUUAUUAAGUACAUCGACCCCAACGGUAGUGCGGCAUCAGACGGACGACUACAACCAGGCGAUCAAAUCCUUGAAGUUAAUGGUGUAUGUUUAAAAGACAUGUCUCAUGACAAAGCCGUAUCCACGAUACGAGUCGCUCCAUCUCCAGUGAGACUUUUGGUUUUUCGAGAAGACCCGGAAAAGAUUUUCACAUCGAAAGAAAAUCCCAAAUCUCUAAUAAAAGUUCGUAUCAAUAAGUCCAUCAGUGAUUGCUUUGGACUUAGUAUUCUCGCUAGAAGAGAUGGUCAUGGCGUAUUUGUGACUUACGUGGCAGAAGGAAGCGCUGCUGGUCUUGAAGGUACGAUACACCAGGGYGACAGAAUAAUGGAAGUCAACAACAUCAACCUUCGAAACGCUACACAAGAACAUGCAGCACAUACUCUUAAGCGUUGCUAUGGAAAUGUCAAAYUGACAGUUGGGAGGAUUCCCUCAUUAUACAAUUCUCUACAAAYAACAGAACUACCAUCCGGCCGWGUUAACUAUGSCUUAGAAAAAGAAAAUGAGAGUCCAGUUCGUCGACAUCGUUCAGGAAGUCACGGCUCCAAUGAUUUGUUUAAGAGACCGAAGUCGAAAUCAAACGACGAGAAUCGGAACAUGAUCGGGACUCCGAAGCAAAGACGAAGUGAGACGAUGCUUGGCACGUCAAUGUAUUAUCAGCCAGAUUCAAAAGGUUCUUGUCAGAAUUCCACCACUAAACCCGCUCAAAAACGUCCAGAAACACUUCGUCAAACUUCUACGGAGUACGAGAACAUGCGCAGUGAAAUGUACAAAGCCUAUGGAAAGGAAGAUUACGUCUAAUCAUCGAAUAUGCCAUUGUUUUAUAAUUUUAUACCAGUGUAAUAUACUGUAAAGAAAUAAAACGCAUUCGUUAUCAACUCA